UAAACACACCAGCUUCGAUAGCCUCCAUUGGCCUGGAGCAAGUCGGAACGGAUGCUGUAGGUUUAGAUUCAUUAUAGUGACACACAUUUAACAAAAUACGAUGGCCUCUUGUCAUUUCUUAUUCAUUUGUUCAACCUUUUUCCGAUCGAGUUGUUACUCACUUCCUAGCGUUGUGUUUCGUGCUUCGUAUCUUAGCUUCUACCUACGGUGGCUUUCAAGAUCUAUCAGUUACCUCUCUUCGAUCAGCUCUCUUAUUGGUCUUUUGGAAAUAUAGGAAUAUUUUUUACGUACAUAUUGUGAAGAUACCUAGAGCUGUGGAAGUGAGUCAUUAUGGGGUUUUUCACUCGAUCCAAGAAGAAACCAACUUUGGAGAGCUCACCAUCCAGCGGUGAUCAGUCCGUACCACCAAAUCCGUCUCAAGUUCCCCAACCGCAAUGGCAUCCAAACGACAGGCAAUAUGCUACUCCAGCACCAAGACAACCUGCUGGUUAUUUAGUCCCUCCACCACCAUUACCACCGCCGCCCUGUUGGAGUACUAUGUUACCUUCUGGACCAGCCUCUCCCCCUCAGUACCAAAAUCAACAGCAGUAUCUCCCUAUCGUCGUAAACCAACACUACUACUUGAGUCCUUCUGCGCCUCAUCAACCAGCAGUAAAACCAUACCCUCAUAGCAAUGGAGCCUGCACCGUUCGCAAACUCAAGCUCAGCUCGACAGCAAAUCUAGCAGAUCAAGUAUUUCCAGGAAACAUGGGCCAACAGAUACUAAACGACGGCCUCCCAAGAUGGCAUGCCUAUGGUACGCAGGUGCUCAAUCAAAGCGCUGCGAUGUAUGACCAAAUAUGUAGCAGCUUCAACGACGUGAUGACAUUGAUUGAUCGGGAUAAGUACAUCGGGAAUGAGAAUGAUCUAUUUACAUAUCAAUCCCAUCCAGUGCCUCCAUCCUCAACCGAGGUGCGUCAACAAACCGUCGUACACAAGGGGCCCGCAAAAAAAGCAAAGAAGGGGACUUCAAAGGAUGCACCAAAAGGACAAACGAACGCGAUAACAUCGUCACUCGCUUCUCGGGGCUACUUUGCCAAGGUGGAACUAUAUGCAAACUCAAAGUUGUCCUCAAACUUGACUCCUCUCCGUUUACAUAUACCAACAUAUCCUCUGGUCUGUCUGGCGGCACAGUACUCCGAAAGAGUAUAUGAAAAUCCACGUGGGGCAGAACGAGACGCCCACUUCGACGCCGAUUGGAGAACCGGAGCUAAGGCUAUGCGGAUCAAGUCGGUUCCAAUGGAUCAUAUGGAAACUAUCGUGUUCGCUAUUCGAGGAACAGCUACUUUUAUGGACUGGUCCGUCAAUCUGAAUACCGCACCAACAGCACCUAAAGGAUUCCUAGAUGACCCAAACAACUUCUGCCACGCAGGAUUCUUAUCGGUUGCUCGAAAGAUGAUCCCUCCAGUAGCUGCGAGGCUCCGUCAUCUAUUAGAAGAAGACCCACGGCGAUGUUCAUAUUCUCUUCUAAUCACCGGCCACUCUGCUGGAGGUGCUGUCGCAUCCCUUCUAUAUGCACAUAUGCUUUCGACGUCGAAAGCUGCGUCUUCGGAGCUUAACAGCCUCACGGGUUGCUUUAAAAGAGUACAUUGUAUUACGUUCGGCACGCCCCCAGUCUCGCUAUUCCCAUUACAAAAACCAUCCGGUUCCGAAUUUAAAAAGUCUGUAUUCCUAACUUUCGUUAACGAAGGUGACCCUGUCGCGAGGGCCGAUAAAGCCUACGUGAAAAGCCUUCUUGAACUUUUGGUUGCUCCAGCUCCAGUCGAGGUCAAGGAAACUGGCAAGCAUCCUCCGCCGUCAAAGGGCUCAUCCUCGAAACAUGGCAAGACGCAUGGAAACGGGUCUGAUACGUCUCUUAUUUCGAAGACAUCCAAGGCUUCUGCGAAAUCCGGCCGUUCUUCGUCACAUGCGUCUCCGAAACUAAACAAACCGAAAGCCCCAGGGCCGAUAUGGAACGUCCCACCAAGUACUCUAAGUAACGCGGGGCAAAUUGUUGUUUUGAGGUCAGGAAAUCCAAGCGCAAAAGCUAAACGAGUGAAGACGGUCGAAGAACGGCUAAAGGAGGGUGUUGUCGCACAGGUUGCGACUGAUGAGCAGCUAAGAGGUCUUAUUUGGGGCGAUCCUGUCUGCCACGUUAUGAAGCUAUAUAUCGGCCGUGUCGAAUUACUUGCAGUUGAGGCUGUCACUGCAAGGGGGUAUUGAAGGCCUAAAAGGCAUGGAAGGGUAUGGAUUACGUUUGACCAAGAAGUAACUGGGAACUAAUGACGUUAACGAUGCAUUACGAUAUAUUUACUUUGGCGUUGGAAAUGAUACCAUUUUUGGAUAGUUACGCGUUUCAGUUAUACCAAAACAAGGUCUUGGAGGAUUGGAUUCUGCGUGGAGUAUGCGUUUACCCAAUUCCAAGACAAGCAGCUCUGCGAGCAUUGUUAUUUAAAGUACAUGAAAAGGGGUAGGAAGGGUGGGUGUUGUGGGACGGGUAGAGAUAAGAGGUAGGCGUGUAAAGAGACGGUGAGGUAAGAAGAUGGAAAGAUUUUGAAAGACUAGAAAAAGUCACAAGGCAAUCACGAGGAGAGGACCAGAUAUAACGAGCGACUGAAGUUGGAUUUACUAAAUCACUGAAGGCAGGCUACUAAUACAAUUGGCACUCUCCCCAACAUUAUGGUCCC